UUCAAACUGGGAUUUCCCAACCCCCAGUAAGGAAGAUGCUCGGCGAGCCCUCAUCAAGUAUGUGUCAGAGCAAAGCUACGACAGCACCAAACCAGCAGAGCAGUGUGUGAUCACCAACAUGGAGGCAUUUGAUAUAUACAAAUAUAGCCUGGAGACAUACAUGGAGAAACGAACUACAGUGUGGAGUCGUGUGCCGUACAUUGGUCAGAAGAUAGACAUGAGUGAACAAACCCCACCCUUACCAUGGGAGAUUCCAGCUAAUGCCCCUACGCUUUUUCAAAAUGUAGAGCAAGCCAUUCAGGUGCCACACACAACAUCUGUGCAGGACUGCUACCGCUGUAAAACUGGAAUCAUCACCUGCACGCUGUGUCAUGGGACUGGUUCAAUAGAAUGCAGUGAGUGUCAUGGCAGUGGUUAUUCCAUUUACUCUCCAGAGUUGAGGAACUGCAUCGUCUGUGGUGGAUUGUGAUACGAACGUUGUAGGGACUGCAAUGCCUUAGGUAGCAAAAAGUGUGAGGUCUGCUCAGGCCAUCGAAGGAUCCUGCUUUCUAUCAAGCUCAUUGUGAACUGGAUUUCCAGCGUAGAUCAAGAUUUUGUU